AAAUUACUCCAAGAAUCCAAUCCUUUAUUUAUGUGGAAGAACGUGAACUUUCUAUUUAUAUUACCUUAGAGUCAUAAAUAACCAUAUAAGAUAAUGCCUAGCUAGUGUCUACACACAUGCAGCUGUUUUUUGACUCAAAUCUAGAGGCAUUUUAUUUUAGAUCUAAGUUUUUUUAGCUAGCUAAAGAGUCAACAAAAUUUCAAUAACUAAAAUGGUGAAUGAUAGUGUGAACAAUCAUCAUUCAUCUGAAAUGUCGUUUAGAAUAACACAAGAUGGUAGAUUCUUCUCUAGGAUAAUGGCAAAGGAAACUUCCAAUGCAAAUUCAUCUUCAAGAAGGGUAUUCUAUUAUGGAGAAUCAUCAGUUGCUGUUCCUUUCAUGUGGGAGGCACAACCAGGAACUCCUAAACACCCUUUGUCAGAAACCUCUCUGCCUCCUCUCACACCACCACCUUCAUUUUCUAUUACUAAUAACAACUCCAAUGCAAAGGGUACAAAUUCAAAAGUUAAAUUUAUUUUGACCAUUUUGACUAGGUUUGUAGGUUCAAAGAAAUCUCAUGUGUCACCUUCUUCUUCAUCUUCUUCUUGGUGGUCUUCUUCGUCUUCGUCGUCGUCCUCGUUUUCAAUGAGUGAUGGAAGGUUAAAAAUAUUCUCAAGAUCAAGAUGUCCUCCCUCUAAUUCAAACUCUUUGAAACACAAGUUUUCAAAUGGGUUUAGAGGUUGCUAUCCUUUUGGGAGCAUGAAGAAUGCAAAUGUAAGCCAUGGUGCACUUUAGUUUAAUGUGAAUUCCUUUGUUGUUAUUUAGAUUAGUUACAUCUUGUAGAAAUUUUUGCAUUUUUUUUCUUAACCUUCUCUUUUUAAGUGAAAAUUUGUCUGUUAAUUUAGAGUUCGACGCGAUAAAAUUUGAUUAGUGACCGUGUUAGUUCAAGUUUAAAUUUGUUUUCUUCUAA